ACCGCCUUUGUUUCGUGACACAAAGGCGGCCUCGCUGUUUUACCGAUCGCUUGAAUCGUUGUCAUCCCCACUUUAUCGAGGAAGCAUCGACACGAUUGCGAUUGCUGCUGGUGCGACUGCGAGAGAGCAGCAACAGAGCGGAUGAAAGAACGAGAAUCAUUCUUGGAUGGACACUGGUAUCGCGGAAGAGUGCGAGCACAGUUUAGAAAGGGUAAACUGGAAACGACGAAGAAGCGGAGAACGGGCGACGUGAGGUGCGGCGAGAAAGGGGGAGAAAGAGAGAGAGAGAGAGAGAGAGAGAGCGGGCGCGUGUGGCAAGGUCGGUGCGUGGCGGUGAGAAGUUACGGGCUUUAUUAAAGUGCAGUCGGCCGGGUUGAAAAACAAUCGACGGACAUAAUACGGCGCCCCGUGAAGUCCGAUGUCUAGUGCUGAGGUGGUGGAGAGCUCCGUUGACCCCCCAGCCAAGAAGCGACGCGUUGCUGCCACCACGGGAGGAGCCGACGACUCGACGACGAUCGCAGACAUGGCGAAAAAUGGUUCGACGUCCCGGGCUUCAGCCGAAAUCGACGAGGGUCUAUACUCCAGGCAGCUUUACGUCCUCGGCCAUGAAGCCAUGCGUCGCAUGGCAUCCUCAGAUGUCUUGAUAUCCGGUCUUGGCGGACUCGGCGUGGAAAUUGCUAAGAACGUCAUCCUCGGCGGCGUCAAAUCCGUUACCUUACACGAUGACGCGCUGUGCCAGAUCUCGGACCUCGGUUCGCAAUUCUAUCUUACCGAGGCGGACAUAGGUAAAAACAGAGCUGUUGCCUGUUGCCAACGCUUGUCUGAGCUGAACAAUUAUGUCCCAACAUGCCACCAUUCUGGGCCUUUAACUGAAUCCUAUAUCAAGAAGUUCAAGGUUGUUGUUUUGACUGAAGCUUCAUUAAAGGAACAAUUGCGUGUUUCUGAGAUUACUCAUGCGAAUGAAAUAGCACUUAUCAUAGCAGAUACCAGAGGCCUAUUUUCUCAAGUCUUUUGUGACUUUGGAAAUAAGUUCAAAGUAGUUGAUACCAAUGGUGAACCACCUGUAAGUGCAAUGGUUGCUAGUAUUUCCCAAGAUACCGAAGGUGUUGUUACAUGUUUGGAUGAUACACGCCAUGGAAUGGAGGAUGGUGAUUAUGUCACCUUUUCUGAAGUGCAGGGAAUGUCAGAACUAAAUGGUUGUGAUCCAAUCAAAAUAAAAGUUCUUGGCCCUUAUACUUUUAGCAUUGGGGAAACAUCCAGAUACUCUGAAUAUAUUCGUGGUGGUAUAGUAACACAAGUAAAAAUGCCAAAGAUCCUACAGUUUGCUUCUUUAAAAGAUGCCCUCAAGAAACCAGACUUCCAGGUUACUGAUUUUGGAAAGUUUGAUUAUCCAGAACAGAUACACUUGGCUUUCAUGGUAUUGCACCGUUACAUAGAAGCAAAUGGAAAAUUACCGAGGCCAUGGAAUCAGGAAGAUGCAAAAGAAUUCUUAGAGUUAGCUAAGAUUGUGAAAGAGGAAACAGGCAGGGAAACUGAAAUCAAUACAGACUUGUUUGAAAUAUUUGCAAAGAUAUGUUGUGGAAAUUUAAGUCCAAUGAAUGCUACUAUUGGUGGAAUUGUAGCUCAAGAAGUGAUGAAGGCUUGUUCUGGAAAGUUCCAUCCCAUAUUCCAGUGGCUGUACUUUGAUGCUAUUGAAUGCUUACCUGCAGACCGCUCUGAACUUUCAGAAGAAGAUUGUAGCCCCAUUGGUUCACGUUACGACUCACAGAUAGCCGUUUUCGGACGUAAAUUUCAAUCGAAGAUUGGAAGUCUGAAGUACUUUGUUGUAGGAGCAGGAGCCAUUGGUUGUGAAUUACUCAAAAACUUUGCAAUGUUAGGUGUUGGUGCUGAGAAUGGUAGUGUAACAGUCACUGAUAUGGAUUUGAUAGAAAAAUCUAACUUGAAUAGACAAUUUCUGUUCAGACCAUCGGAUGUUCAACAGUCGAAAUCAUCGACGGCAGCUAGAGUCAUAAGGAGCAUGAAUCCAGACAUGAAAGUGAUAGCUCACGAAAACAGAGUAUGCCCAGAAACAGAGAAAAUAUAUAACGACGAUUUCUUCGAGGUCUUAGACGGUGUUGCAAAUGCAUUAGAUAAUGUUAACGCUCGUAUUUAUAUGGAUCGUCGUUGUGUAUAUUACAGAAAGCCUCUCUUGGAAUCUGGUACUCUGGGUACAAAGGGCAAUACUCAGAUUGUUGUUCCAUUCUUAACAGAAUCAUACAGCUCUUCCCAGGAUCCACCAGAGAAGAGUAUACCAAUUUGCACGCUAAAAAAUUUCCCGAAUGCUAUAGAACACACUUUACAAUGGGCCAGGGACAAUUUCGAAGGUCUGUUUCGUCAGGCUGCUGAGAACGCCGCUCAAUAUAUAUCAGAUCCACAAUUCGUGGAUAGAACCUUAAAACUGCCUGGUGUUCAGCCACUAGAAGUAUUAGAAUCUGUGAAAACAGCUUUGGUUGAUGAAAGACCAAAAACGUUCGCCGACUGUGUCACAUGGGCCCGUUGUCAUUGGCAGGAGCAGUACAAUAAUCAAAUAAGACAACUUUUGUUCAAUUUCCCUCCCUUUCAAGUUACAUCGAGUGGUCAGCCAUUUUGGUCAGGACCAAAGAGGUGCCCUGAGCCACUAACAUUUAACGUCAAUGAUCCGUUGCAUUUAGACUACAUCGUGGCUGCAGCUAACUUGAAGGCAAAGGUCUACGGCAUCACUAUUAACAGAAAUCGAGAGGAAAUCGCCAGGAUUGUCAGCACCGUGCCAGUGCCUGAAUUCACGCCGAAAUCUGGAGUGAAAAUAGCCGAGACAGACUCACAGGUGCAAGUGUCGAAUGGUAGCGGGAACAUUGAUCACGAAAGACUCAGUCAGUUGCAAGAAGAAUUGCCAAGAGUUGAAGAUCUCAAUGGUCUUGUAAUUUAUCCACAAGAAUUCGAGAAGGACGACGACACUAAUUUCCAUAUAGACUUCAUUGUGGCAGCCUCGAAUCUUCGUGCUACUAAUUACAAAAUUCCACCAGCUGACAGACACAAGAGCAAACUGAUCGCCGGUAAAAUAAUACCAGCUAUUGCCACUACCACAUCUGUGGUAGCUGGUCUUGCUUGUCUGGAAUUGAUCAAGUUAACUCGUGGCGUGAAAGAUUUGUCAGUCUACAAGAAUGGUUUCGUCAAUCUUGCACUACCAUUCUUUGGAUUCUCGGAACCUAUCGCUGCGCCGAAAUUGAAGUACUACGACAGCGAGUGGACACUCUGGGACCGGUUUGAGGUUAAGGGAGAGCUGACACUGAAAGAGUUCUUGGAUUACUUCAAAGAGCAUCACAAUUUGGAAGUGACCAUGUUGUCUCAAGGUGUUUGUAUGCUUUACUCGUUCUUCAUGGCGAAGCCUAAAUGCCAAGAGCGUAUGGGCCUGUUGAUGUCGGAGGUAGUCAAGAAGGUGUCGAAGAAGAAACUGGAAAGUCAUGUACGUGCGUUGGUGUUCGAACUUUGCUGUAACGACACCGACGGAAAUGACGUGGAAGUCCCGUACGUUCGCUACACUUUGCCGUGAAACACGUUGAUGCCACCGGGAUACGAGAGAUGUCUACUUAACUGACUUAGCCGUAGUAAUUUCCACAAAUUUCUAUUUUACAAUACGAUACAGGAGAAAAAUAUUAAUCUUUGUCUAAGUAAGGCUCUCAAAGUAAACAAAAAAAACAAAAAAAAAUACGAUUCAUUUUUAUCGCCGAUGCUUUGUAGCAUUUAUAAUAGCCAAGCGAUCGCGGGAUCCACUGAGUUCGUCUUACUAUGAUCUCCCUUCUUGUUAAAACAUCAACUUUGGGGCUCACAACUGUUUGUUAUUUUUGUUUUUUUUUUUUUUGCCUUUUCAUUAUCGCCUCCUGUGAU